AAGAAGAAACAUCAGAGGGCGUCAGUGUUCUAGCACUUGACUCCGUGUCUCAGCUGGAUCAAGGAACCUAUGUCUGCGUGGCGGCAAACAAUGUUGGACAGCAUAAAGCCUCCGCUGAUGUCAAGGUCAGGGUACCUCCGAGGAUUCUAGAAGCUCCUGCAGCCCAAGAAACCCACGAAGGUCACAGAGCAAUGCUGCACUGCGUUGCUCAAGGAGAUCCCCCGCCUAAGGUCUUCUGGCUCAAAGACGGCCACCAGGUGCUAACAGUGAACAGUCAUGUCCAGCAGUUCCCAAAUGGCUCCAUUCUCAUCAGUCCCACAAAGGCAAAUGAUACCGGUGAAUACCGAUGCCUGGCAACCAACAAGUUCGGGGUCUCCGAGGCAGGUGCUGCCGUCACCAUACUCACGCCCCCUAGCUUUACAAUAAAACCACAGGACACCUUGGUUGAGAAUGGGUCCACUCUGGCCCUCGAUUGCUCUGCCCGAGGGAUCCCACCCCCUGAACAAAGCUGGUCGAAGUUGGGCCAUGUAAUCAUGCUGGCUUCUAACAGGGUCGCCCUGCUGACCAACGGAACGCUUAGAAUUCAUAUGGUAAACGAAGCAGACGAAGGUCUGUACCAAUGCAAGUCACGCAGCAAGGCAGGGGUAGCCACCGCAAACGUCCAGGUCAAGGUCAAAGUGGCAGGUGGCUGGUCCUCCUGGUCACCCUGGGGAAACUGCAGCUCUCUUUGUGGUGGCUACCGUUCUCGGAGUCGUCGUUGUGACAGCCCUGCGCCACGCAACAAUGGUUUGCAGUGCCUAGGCGAAGCUUCCGAGGUUGCGCCUUGCCUCGACUGCCCUGCUUCAGUGAACGGAGGCUGGAGUCCCUGGUCCCUCUGGUCCCAGUGCACAGUGUCCUGUGGCGGAGGCACUCGCUCUCGAAGCCGUCUGUGCAAUUCUCCAACGCCAGCUUUUGGCGGGAAACCUUGCCAGGGAAACGACAUUCAGACAGACUUCUGCAACUCCAAUGAUUGCCCCGUUCACGGCGGAUGGUCGGAUUGGUCAACCUGGGGCGAGUGUUCGGCUACGUGCGGUAGGCGCCACCGCCGCAGAUUCCGCACGUGCUCCAACCCCGAACCAUCACAUGGAGGUCGCACGUGCGUCGGCACUGACCAGGACGUCAAGCGCUGCGCUCCUAAACCAUGCCCCGAUUUAAGUAACAGUGGGGACAUGUUGGGAGACAAAAAAGCGUUACUGGAACUCCGAGCAAAACCAACUGCUUUUGCUGACAGUGUGGCAUGCUCCAAAGGCUAUGUGUUGAGACAUGGCACCUGUGAAGAUUUAAAUGAAUGUUUGGACGACGAUCGAUGUCAGCAUAAAUGUGAGAACCUACAAGGAAGCUACAGAUGCACCUGUCCACCAGGGUAUAGAAUUGCAAUUGAUGCCUACUCCUGCCAAGAUAUUGACGAAUGCGAGGACGACGUGAACUGUGGCAGGAACCACAUAUGCUUCAAUUCCAGGGGAAGCUACCAGUGCAUGUACGCACCUUGUCCUGACAACUAUGUUCGUGACACGGAAGGCAGCUCCUGCAGGCUAAGCUGUGGCGACGAGGCUGCCUGCGAACCCAGGGCCCACUUCGCAGACGUCCUCACUUUCAAGACGGUCGCCUUGCCCAGUGGCGUCACUGCGGGCAGAGACGUCGUCCGGCUCUCCGCGCGGGACCAUGACUCCGCGCUUCUGGCACACACGCUCUUCACAGUCCUCAGCAACAAAAGGAAUGUGCCUUUCGACGUUCGUGUCAGCAAGGGCGUAGGGAUCGUUUUUGCGACGGAAGAUUUACCAGCGGGCUUUCAGUAUCGCAUCACGUUGCACGCCACCACCCGCGACGACGCCAACAAGACGGCUCUGUUUGAGACUCGAUUUUUCCUCUUUGUCUCCACUUCUCUUUAUCCCUACUGAGAAAAGUGUUGGUUGAGCGGUUGAGGAAGUUACGUAUCCACCAUAGAAAUCAUCCACAAGUGAGAAAGGAAUAAACACGCUUCGUACAGCGGAAGAAUGGCUGGCGUAUGUAUCAAGCAAUGAAUAUAUACGAGUCAAAAACUAAGAAAGAAACUCUCUUUUUUACCAGCCUACAGAAAUUGAGAAACCAUCUGCAAAUGGUGAAAACAUGAUCUAGUGCGACGGUACAGGAUGCUGACUUACGUUUCGCAGUAUUACUUUCAACGUGGUGAGACUUUCCUUUAGUUCCUUAAUCAGAAACUUGGAUAAACGCUUGAUUUCUAAUUAAUCCCUAGCAUCUCCUAUCGCUGCACAAGUGAGGUCGCACUACCUCCAAGUGGUUGACAUGGAUUCAUAUGACACAUUUUAUUUUAUGUCUGAGUAUAGUUUCAUCUAUAUUUUGGUAUAAUCGUUUGCUAACGGAAGAAAAAAAAAUAAACGUCAGACAUCCCCAACUCUGUUGUGAAUUAGAGCCACUUGCAUUCUCAUGACCCAUCUGCCUCAUAAGAGUCAAUGGAAGCAGGGCAUUUGCGUGAAGUGCUAAAAGAGAAAGCAUUGCGUAUCAAAG